CUGUUGUAACGGCCAUAUUGGACUCAAGUCUGUUUCUGUCGCUUUGGAGCGCCUGGGUGACUUAGAAUUUUGGAGUGGCGAUUGUAGACUUACAGGGACGUGCUGUGUUCCAAGAUCAUUUCUGGAAAGCCGAUUAGAUCCUUUUCUUUCCCCUCCCUUCCCAAGACUACAAGGUUGUCUUUACUUGGAAGGAAAAGAUGAGCCCGACCGAUGCGAAACGAGGAGCGAAGCGCAGGAAGAACAAGCGGGGCGGUGGCAGCGGCACUAGUAGCUGCAGCGGCCCCGUGAGUAGCAGUGGCAAGGCCGGGGCUUCUGCCGCUGUACGGAACUUGCAAGCAGUUGGAACGGCAGUCGCCACUAUGAACCUCCUGUCAACUGGCUGUACGGGGAGUAAUGGCAGCGGAGCCGGGAACGUCGCAGGCCUGCAUGGGGAGGUUUCAAUGAAUGGCACUCAAUUUCCUGAAGCGCCCAUCAAUUCGGAGUUUACUGGCGUUCCCCAGGCUCCAUUCACGUUUGGCUUGAAUCACAGAGCACCUUACACAGCCGGAGAGCGGUGUUUGCUGUGUCGCAACGAACGGAAAGAUAUCCCCUCUCCAGAAAGUGGGGUGACGUAUUCCAACAAAAUAGCACUUUCUACAUCUCCCAAAACCAACAGCAUGCCUCAGUUACCUCUCUGGGUUUGUCCAGACUGCCGGCGGACAGUAGAGAAGGAGGAGCGUCACGCUGCGAUGGAGCAAUCACUAGUGAACCAAGACUACUUGUUGCACAUGCCACUUGGUAACAGCGGGUCACCGCAGGAGUCCACUGGAGGAGGACGGCUAACAGUGGGCCCUCAGACGGCGCCAACGCCGGACCUCAGCACUUCCACCACCGCAGAUACAGUGUGUAGCUGUGAGGCUUGUAAUGAGCGGAGGGAAAUCUCGGCAGAGUCUGAACGAGAGUCUCAGCAGCUCCAGAAUUACUGGUCAGAGGUCCGCUACAUGGUCAGGUGUAUUUACCGACAAACUGGAACGCCGCUGGCCGAUGACCAGGACCAGUCUCUGGUGCCAGACAAAGAAGGAAUGAAGGAAUUAGUAGACAGGCUUUGUGAGAAAGACCCCUACCAGCUUUACCAGCGGUUAGAACAACAAGCCCGUGAGUACGUACUAGAAAUGAAGGUCCGUCUGCUCAGACACUUAUCUGUGGGAUCCAAAGUCACGUCAGCCUUACAAGGCCCCCCACAGGCCCACCAGUUUAUCUCCUUGCUGUUGGAGGAAUACGCUGCACUCUGUCAGGCUGCUCGCACAAUCAGCAUCUUCCUUGUCACACUGGAAAAUGAACAUUUAAAAAAAUUCCAAGUGACGUGGGAGUUGCACAACAAGCACCUUUUUGAGAAUAUUGUGUUUUCUGAGCCACUUCUGCACAACAGUUUGCCCACUUUGGUAGCACAGUUACGGCUUGGAACGGCAUCUCAUGACUCCUAUAGUGAGGACAUGUACAACACCCUACUUCAGAGAUACCUUCAGCUCGAUCAGGAAAUGAAUCUGGUGGCUGUUGAAUGGUUGGAGUGUGAAAAGCGAAUAGAUGACUAUGUUGAUGAGCAGGUGGCGUUUAAGACAAAACAGCGCAUGCUGAAAGAAGACUGGGAGUUCUUUAAACAAAGAAGGUUUAUCGAAGAGCAGCUUACAAACACAAAGAAAUCAAUCACUGGAGACACUUUCACAGACACCAUGAGGCACAUGCUGUCAUCUAGGCUGAGUAUGCCCGACUGUCCAAACUGUAAUUACAGGCGCAGGUGUACUUGUGACGACUGCAGCCUUUCACAUAUACUGACCUGUGGCAUCAUGGACGCUUCAGUUCCCGAAGACGUUCAUGUAAACCAGUUACCGUUACAAGUGGAAUCGACUCCAGACUACCUCUCCGAAAUACGGCCGCCUAGCAUGUCCUCUGCAAGUUCGGGGUCGGGCUCCAGCUCGCCCAUCACCGUACAGCAACAUUCCAGGUUACUCCUGCCAGACAACACGUCCGCUCCCAGUUUUGGUAGCGAUGAGGAUGAUGAGGAUGAUGAUGAUGAUGAUGCCCCUCCACUGUCCUCUAAGUUUGCGGAUAUAUUUCCUUUAAACAGUUAUGAAGAUGCUGAUGUUGUUGCCAACAUGAAUGGAGUGCACAGCGACCUCAACGGUGGUGGAGAAAACAUGGCAGUAAAAGAUGAGUCUCCACAAGUGAGCAGCAGUAGCAGCAGCAGCAGCUCCAGCUCAUCAGAAGCGGAUGAUGAGGAGGCCGAUGGAGAGAGCAGCGGGGAACCUCCAGGGACGCAGCAGGAAGAUUUAGGUCCUGGAAAAAGAGCAACUGUGAAGGAGGAUCUAUCAAGAGAGAGCCCCCCGCCCUCCUACCCAAACCAGCAGACUGACCAAGUUCAACAUCCAUGUGAAUGUCAUGUUUGCAAGCAGGAAGCCCCAGGUUUAAAUUCUACAGCACUUUCGGCGGGGAGACUUGCUUCAAGCCACCAGUUUGUAACGGAGAAAACCUCUCAUCCGGCGUUGCACCUGUACCCUCACAUUCAUGGACAUUUACCCCUGCACACCAUAAACCACAUACCGAGGCCUCUUCUCCAUCCGAGUCUCUAUUCAAGUCAGCCGUUCACGCACAGUAAGGCCCUCCCUUCAGCUCCCACGUCUAACCAUACAGGUAAACAUCAAGUCUUCAAUUCUUCCCUUCAGGACCACAUAUAUCAGAACUGCUUUAGCAAUACCGCAGAAUGGAACAGCUCUUUAACUCCUUCUCUAAAGUUUGAAAAUAUUUGGGAGUCCACAGUAAUGAAGGACUGGAACCCAGCCAUAUUUCUCCAGGAGCCACUAUCAGGUGACAUGCUGAGCUCUGCUCUUCCAGAAGCACUACCACCCUCGUCCAACACUGAAACCCCCUCUUCAGAUAACAAGGAAAAAAAGAGCUUAGCCAAGAAGAAGUGUCUUUAUAAUUUUCAAGACGUCUUCAUGGAGCCCAACAAAGUCGUCAUGGCAACCUCUUCGGCCAUCUCCUCGGUUUCCUGCACCGCCACUACAGUCCAGUCGAGUAAUAAUCAGAUAAAAGUUUCAUCCAAAAGGCCCACGUCUCUAGGGGACGUAUUCCACAGUUUGGGCAAAGAUGACCACCGACAGCCCCCUCCAGCUGCACCUCGGAAUAGCCCCACAAGUUUAACACCCCUCUCGUCCUUAUCAGCCACCACGUUGUCCCCUGUCAACACGGCUCAUCUGCCUAAUCUCGGAAGUCAGCCCUUUCCAAAGACUGCUGCCAUUGCUCCUGCCUUUGUGGAUCCUCACCCAGGAAUUUGUCCCACCACCGUCACCCCCCCAGCCACCACAGAAAGUUCUGUCAGUGCCCCACCUAGCGUUUGCAGUGACCCGGACUGUGAGGGUCAUCACUGUGAAAGCAAUAAUGGCUAUGACCAUCAGCAGUACGAUGGAGAGGAGAGCCAGGAUGAGGACAGUUGUUCUGAACACAGCUCUAGCACUUCAACCUCGACCAAUCAGAAGGAGGGAAAGUACUGUGACUGCUGCUACUGCGAAUUCUUUGGCCACGGUGGGCCUCCCGCCGCACCGACAAGCAGGAACUAUGCAGAAAUGCGUGAAAAGCUGCGGUUGCGCCUCACAAAAAGAAAAGAAGAACAGCCAAAGAAGGACGACCAGACCCUCGAGCGAGAGAGUAUAGAAGACCAUCGGAAGGUGGAAGAUCUGUUACAGUUUAUAAACAGUGCAGAAUCCAAGCCCACCAAUAGCUCCAGAGCCGCAAAGCGCGCCCGCCACAAACAAAAGAAGAUGGAAGAGAAAGCCCGUGUUGAAGCUGAAGCAAGGGAGCGAGAACAACAGCAGCUCCUGGAAGAGCAAAGGCAGAGAGAGGAGGAGGAAAAACUUGAAAAGGAACUCCAGCGACUCCAGGAACUCCAGCAUCUUCGAGUGGCCAAGAAGAAGAAAAAGGAAAAAGCAAAAGAGCCGUCAAAGACAGAUCCCGUUCUCCAAACCCCUCAGCCUUUAAAAGAGACAGCUAAGAACGCACUAGAAAAUUUUCACCAUGUUAAUAUCCAGUCGUUUGACAACAUUAUGAAAUCAUCCGUUUCGCCCACAUGGGUGCCCGUUAGUAACGAGCGAACAAUUUCUGACUCUGUUUUUUUAAAUCACACUUUAUUAAAUGGCAAAGGGUCAAGGCCGUCACAUUGUGCAGAACUGCAGAAAGAAGCAAAAUUCAAAGCGCAGGUAGUAUCGGAUUUUUUUCAUUCAUCUGCACUUAAAGAAUGUAGCAGCAAAACAAAACUGAAAGCUUCUCUUAGCAGAACCGAACAAGAGGUGGCCAAGAGGUCCCCUGAGGGGCCCAGAAUUGUAGAGCAGCAGCCGAAGGCCACUCACAAGCCCCACGUAGAAUGUAAGGUUAAAACUGCAGAAGAGCUCUCGAUCAACGGCAUGAAGAAAGAUGACAAACUUCUGUAUAUAAAUGGCAAGAAGCAGCUUAACCACUUCAAGGAAGAGAAGGCCACCUCAUUCAACGAGUCGCCCUUUCAGCCUGAAGAUCACCAGAAUUUGUUGCACUCCGCAGAAUCUCCACAACCAAAAGGAAAGACAAAGAAAAGCAAAAAGAAGAAAGGAGAACGGCUCAAUAAUUCAAUCGAUGACGUAUUUUUACCCAAAGAUAUCGAUCUAGACAGUGUAGAAAUGGAUGAGACAGAACGGGAAGUAGAACAUUUUAAAAGGUUUUGUUUGGACUCGGCCAGACAGACCAGACAGCGGCUGUCCAUCAACUGGUCCAACUUUAGCUUGAAGAAGGUGACCUUUGCUGCCCACUGAUGAGAGGAGAAAUGGACACUUUGCAGGAAACCAAUCAAAGAUGGCUCUCUUGACUCAGUUCUGCUGUGCUAGAAGCUACUAUGGCAUCCGAGCCAUUGCUGCCUUGCCUUGUCCUUGUUGCUGCGUUUUCGCCUGAUGAUAUUCUUGCGAAACAUAAAACAAACAAAAGCUACUUUCUACACGGAUUUGUUUGCUUGUGUGCUUUGUAGUCAGUGAGUGGGACGUUUCUUUCAGGUCACCCUUGUUCUUCGUGGUGUUGGCCUUCGGUAAUCCAGGCUGCUUGCACUCGUCUGUGGAUUGAGGCCUCCCAGCAACACAACAAAAUGUGACCAAACAAACAAACAAACCAAAACGACGGGUUUUCUCUUUUAUUUUUAUUUGUUUUGUUACGUUCUCGACUUCGCUUGCCACUCGCAUUUCAUGCAGCAGACUACUGACGGAGACAAACCCGCUUGGUUGCCAUCUCUGCUUUCCAGACGGGUCACUCGGUCACUCGCUCGCUCGCUGGGUCGGUCCUCACUUUGCAGUCACACUCCGUGUGUGUGUGUGUGUGUGUGUGUGUUUGUUUUUUUCUUUUUUCUUCCCUCGGCUUGCAGAAUGAAUUUUAAGAAGAGAACAAAACUCGCACUGUCGGUCUCUAGAGUGUCUAUUGUGUUAACACUGAAGCCUAUCGGCCUACUUUUUAACAUAUUGUUAAGUAAUAAUUCAAAUCUUGUCUUUCUUUUUUGAAAGAUGGAAUACAGUAGUAUGGCAGGAA